CACAUGCGUGUGUCUCUGCAGCCUCACAUCUCAGCUCUCUGUCCGUCUGUAGUAACGUUAACUUCUUUAAAUGGAGGUGGAGAAGCUGAGUUGCAGCGUUGUUCUCUCUCCUAUAAUCCUCCACUCCACUCUUGUCGUCUUACUGCUGAUUGUCGGCUUCGCAGCUGUUGAAGGUGACUCCAACGUGGUUGGUCCAGUUCAGCCAAUCGUGGCUGCUCCGGGGGAUGACGUCAUCCUGCCUUGUCACGUGGAGCCUCCGGAAACCGUGGCGGGAAUGACGGUGGAGUGGUCGAGGCCCGACCGUCAGCCGGACCCCAGAGACCGGCUGAGCCGGGUCGAAUAUGUGCACCUGUACCGGGACACUCGCGAGGUCCCGGACAUGAAGAUCUCAUCGUACGUCGGUCGGACGCAACUGUUCACAGAAGGCCUGAGACACGGCGACAUAUCGCUGAAGAUCUCGAACGUGACGCUUGCAGACAGAGGGAGAUUCAGAUGUUUCAUCCCAAAGUUACACGGCCAAACACAGUCGUCAGUUGUUCAGCUUGUCGUUGAACAAAAAUCUGCUACAACAGAGACGCCUCCGCAACACAGAAGUCACCAAACUUCAGUUCCGAGGAAACAGGCGGAUGGUAAAGGUGGUUUGUCCAGUCAGAACAUUGUGAUCGUGGUUGUCUGCGUUGUCUUCCCGAUGAUCCUGGGUGUUGUUGUUGGAGUCAUAAGACGUUCAUCACAGGGUGUCACAAAGUGUCAAAAACAUAAACUUACAUUGGUACAGACUUACUAGUGUUGGUACACACCGACAAAGAUGAGAACACUGCCUGCUUUUCUCAGCUCCUUUUUCUCAAGAUAUGUCCAAUUAAUUCAAGGAUUCAAACUAGCAACUCUUCCAGCUACAGAUGGACUCACUGGAUCUGCAGAAGCGAGGCUUUUUAUGUUGUGGAAGAAAGCAGACGCCCACCAAAAGUAUUGUAAGUUUCUCUGAUUUGAACACUGACUGUGCAACAUCUGCAGAGUCUUACAUGUGAAAUAGAAGAUCUCUUACAUGUACUGUAAUUAAAUUUGAAGACAUCGGGGUCAGCUGGGAAAGGAGCCCUCGGGGAAGACCCAGGACUAGGUGGAGAGAUUAUAUCUCCAACCUGGCCUGGGAACGCCUCGGGAUCCCCCAGUCGGAGCUGGUUGAUGUGGCUCGGGAAAGGGAAGUUUGGGGUCCCCUAUUGGAACUGAUGCCCCCGAGACCUGAUACCGGAUAAGCGGAUGAAGAUGGAUGGAUGGACAUCGGGGUUAUUUGCAUCUGCUGGCUGGACUGAAACUGGGUUUUUUAUAGUUUAACCUGAUUUGAAUUUUGUGUCCAAAGCUUUGCAUGCUUUAUAGGACCUGGCAGGAGUGAGUCAGAGCUAAGUUUACAUUUGAAAUAGUCAGACAUUGUUCAUCACGGAAAGUUAAAGGGUUUUCUGUUUUGCUACUUCCCUUACUUGUUAUUUAAUUCUGUUCUAAUUUAAUUAUGUGUUAUGUUCUAUGUGUGUGAAGUGAAGAGGCUGUUGUGAAAUAGGAUGUAUGUAAACCUUGUGGCUAUCAAGUGCCUCUUAUGUCUUAACUUCUUCUUAACUCUUGUUCUGUUGUUAUAUGCUGUUUUUAUUUAAUUGUCCAAUUAAAGCAGACAUUUAUUGGUU